CUAUUAUAUCAUCUCCCAUUCAUGCGCACCUCUUUAACCACUUAGAGGUUUAUUUAUUUUUUCCGCGACGGAAAGUCCACUUCGGUUUUUGUGUGAAGCUCCAAAAAUCUAUGAAAUGUGUUUGCAUGCUCUUCUCCGGGAGCGAGGAUGUGGAGGUGGGAUAGAGAGACGCGAGAGGUUGGAGGAGCCCACGCGCUCGCUUUCGGACAAAGUGCGUUCCGCCCGUAUCAGCCGGUGUUUGGUGUUUAUUGAAGGAAACAGCGAGGAUCAGUCUAUUUGGAUUUCUUUCUAUCCUUCUUGUGUCUCUUGGAUUCUCAGGCCUUUGCGGCGAACGGAUCAGUGAGAUGUUCCUGAGGCAAGCAUAGUGAGGACUGCAGCUCCAGCGGCUUUUUCUCCAGCUGUGCAUGCGUCAGUCUUGUCUUGGCAUCAGUCGGAGGAGCACUGCAAUUUUAUCCCCUGUUCAUCCACACCUUCGUCAUCUCCCUCCCCCUCACGUCUGCCUAGCGGAGGGUCCAUGGAGGGAAACCGAGCUAUUGAGGAUGAGGAGGCGCAGGACAGCUGCUGUGGCGAUGAAGAGUCGUCCCCUGUGGUCGAGCGGAGAAACCGCAGCGGUAUCAUCAGCGCGCCGCUCAGCAAGAGUCUGAAACGCUCACGGGCUCUCUCACAGUACAUCGCAACUUGCUCGGCCGCCGCCGUCGCCAGCGUUGCGAACGCUAACAGACUCGCCCAGAGCUCUAUGACGGCAGCGGGUGUCAAAGCCCACGCCACGAGUGGGCAGCACAGAGCACAGGUUGGGUACGCCAAAGUGGACCGCAGCGCUCUCAUGUCUGGUCUUCUGGACUCUCCCAGUGGCCUUCAUCUCGCCCAGGCCGCCGAGCUCUUGAGGCGGGCCGGCAUGCUACUUCCCGUCAACGACCCCUCUAACGUCAACGUGGGAGGGGAUAUGGAAACGGUCUCGGCCUCUGAUUCGCUUGCCAGCGUGAUGGACUUCCCGUUGCUUGGCAACGGCGGAGUGGGCGGCAGCUUUCCGUAUCACCCGGGGCUUUUCAUCAUGACACCGGCGGGUGUGUUUCUGGCGGACGGAGCACUUUCUCACGUGACGGGGGCGUCGGAACACCAGCAGACGCAGAGCGAGAUCUCAUCGGCCAUUGGGGCCAAUGGGAAGAAAAAGCGGAAGCGCUGCGGCCUGUGUCCGCCCUGCCGGCGCAGGAUAAACUGCGAACAGUGCAGCAGUUGCCGCAACCGGAAAACCGGCCAUCAGAUCUGCAAGUUCCGCAAGUGCGAAGAGCUUAAAAAGAAACCUUCUGGUGGGCUGGAGAAGGUCAUGUUGCCAACUGGUGCUCCAUUCCGGUGGUUUCCGUAGGGCAACUGGACCCUGCCCCCCGACGUCCAUCCCAUAAUGAAGGACCACCAAUGGACAGCGAUGCCACACCAACUCGGACCGCGUGGACUUGUAACGCUGGGUACAAACAAACAAAACAAAUGAAGAGCAGAACGAUAGCACUAUUCGAGAACGAACAUGUCGCGAACCAAAAAUAAACAGUGAAUGGACGAACGUCAUUCCGGUUUUUUCUCGGCUCCAUUUCGGAACCGCCUUGAGUUCUUCUUCGGAAUCUUGCCCUUUAUUGGAUGCUCUGGAACUAUUUACCGCCAAAUGGAAAAUGGACAAUCAUUUUUAUUUGUGUGUUUAGUGGUUUUGUUUGUCCAUGUGUGGAGAAAUGCCGUAAUUUCGUUUAGAGAAUGUAUUCCCAAGGGUCUGUUUUAAAGCUUGUGAUAAUUAAGGAGCACUAUUGUAAUAUAGCACAGUGGUUCUUACUGACUGCCUCAAUGUUACGAUUGCCUUUUUAUGUUAAGGGUUUCUUUUUUUUGAUUCGUCAUACAGUUUUCAAGUCGCUCGAUAUUUGAUACGAAAAGAAACGCAAACACAACUCUUUAAUGUAGCAUCCCUUACCUAAAACCGCUUGGAAGGUCCUUCGGGAUUCGUCGUCUCGGUUGUUUGUUUUUAAAAGCUGUACAACAAGCAGAAUAUUUUUUUCAUUCUGCACUGAGGCCUGCUGGGAUUGGAGGGUGGGUGAAACAGACGGAACUACAAUAUUUACACCAGCUAUUGGUGUAGUUGUGUGCCAGCUAUUUCUUGUACCUGCCUCAUUUUUGUGUAGCCUUACAAGAUAGAUCAAAUGAAAACUAGUGGGAAUCACACAAUGAGUAGCACACCAGAACCUAAAACGUUCAGGAUCGAUGUAUUUCUGAUUAGGAUGUGAUUUUUCUUAAUUAAUCUGAUAAAGAUGUCCUGAAGAGUUCUCCUUUACCUUUAAAAACACAAUUUAAGACCCUUUCACAUGAUUCGUGUCAACGUUGCUUAAUGUCCUGAACUAUUUGGAACCAAUAGUUUGCCGGAAAAAAAUUAACUUUGACCUUCAACGUUUACCCUGAACUUGCGUAGCAUAGCUGAUAUCAGCCGACAAUUUACAUUAUGUAUCAUUACACAAUAAAAGAAAGACUUCUGCGAUAAUCUUGAUACAUCGAGAUACAUUAUGCGCACCUGUUUUCUGUUUCAUGAAAGCAAUCGACUGGACAUUUUUCUGUUCUAAGCUAAACGUUAUCUCUAUCAUGCGCUUUCAAUGUUUACCACGCACGCUUACCUCCUUUCUGCUACCUGGCAACCUCGUAAAAUCUCCCUUCCGUAACACGAUCUGCAAAGGUUCGGAGCUCCAAGAUACUUGUGUUGGGAGGAACGUUGAAGGCGCGAGUCAUAUGAAAGGGACUUUCGGUCAUCCAUAUAACAUGGAGACCGUGUUGGAUAAUGAGGUUUCUGUUGGCUGUGAUUGUCAUUUGUUGUUCUUUUUUAUUCUGAAAUUCUGGUCGGCCCCAUUUUACGUACUAAUCUUCAUUGAUUCCAAGACCUUUAGGAUUGAAAUGCACAGAACCAAAACUCUUCAUAUCGUUCAAGAAAGAAUACAACAGCAGGCCGUUCCUAUGUUCUAUGGGGGCCAAAUUUAUUGGUCUGCAUAAACGAAUGCAUGUAUUUGUGUCCAAAGCCAAGCGUUCAGAGGUCUUGGCAUCCUCAAUUUAAUAAACCGAGGUGCAAACCAAA